CCACCCAGCGAGGCGACAGAGGCUGGCCUCUUCGCCUAUCACCCCGAAGGCCCGAAACAAGAUUAGAUUAGAGAUAGCAAAAGGCGAAGCCACGGUAACCGCCACCACCAAAUCGCUACCGCCAAUCCGCCAUGAUGCUCCCGACGGCCACCGCGACGGCCGUCUUCCUCACCGCGGCGCCUUCCUCUUUCUCCACCCGCCGUCGGCGCAGUCGCGCCAUCUUCGCAUCCCUUUCGCCGUCCUUCUCCGCCUCGGAGGAGCCGCUGCUGGUGCGCGCGGCGCGGGGCGAGGACGGCCUCCCACGCCCGCCCGCGUGGAUGAUGCGGCAGGCAGGGCGGUACAUGGCGGAGUACCAGGCGCUGGCCAAGCGCCACCCCUCGUUCCGGGAGCGCUCCGAGAACACGGACCUCAUCGUCGAGAUCACGCUGCAGCCGUGGCGUGCCUUCGCGCCCGACGGCGUCAUCCUGUUCUCGGACAUACUCACGCCCCUGCCGGCCAUCGGGGUGCCGUUCGAUAUCUCGGACUCCAAGGGGCCCGUGAUCCAAUCGCCAGUACGGUCCAAAGAGCAGGUGAGGGAGCUCGUCCCCAUCGACCUUGAUAUGCUCCAGUUCGUCGGGGAGUCACUAAAGAUUCUGCGAAAUGAGAUUGAUGGAAAAGCUGCUUUGCUAGGAUUUGUGGGGGCCCCAUGGACAAUUGCAACUUACAUUGUUGAAGGGGGGAUGACCAACACGUACACAAAUAUAAAGAGCAUGUGCCAUACAGCUCCAGAUGUCUUGAAGGGUCUUCUCUCUCACCUUGCACAAGCCAUAUCUGACUAUAUCAUUUACCAAGUUAACUCGAGGGCCCAGUGUAUACAGAUAUUUGAUUCAUGGGGUGGACAGCUUCCACCUCAUGUGUGGGAGCAGUGGUCAAAACCAUAUAUCAAACAGAUUGUGAGUAGGAUUAAGAAAGAGUGCCCUAAUGUACCCCUUGUGUUGUAUAUAAAUGGAAAUGGAGGUUUACUUGAGCGCAUGAAGAACACAGGAGUUGAUGUUAUUGGGCUUGACUGGACAGUGGACAUGACUGAUGGAAGGAGGCGCCUUGGUAAUGGCAUUAGUGUACAAGGGAAUGUGGAUCCAGCAUUUUUGUUCUCACCAUUACCAGUACUGACUGAUGAAAUUCAUAGGGUUGUGAAAGCAGCUGGUCCAAAAGGUCAUAUACUUAAUCUGGGCCAUGGUGUACUUCAGAAAACACCCGAAGAAGCUGUAGCACAUUUCUUUGAUGUCACAAGGCGCUUGAGAUAUGACACCCUUUUCCAAGGUUCUGUUGCUGAAGAAUUGCAUCACGUUGCUUGACAACGGCAAUGACAUUCCCAUUUUUCAUCAAGUGGUGUAUUUGAUCUGUCAUAUCAUCUUAGAGUCGUAGUAGAUUCCUAGUGUUGCCUGCAUUCUACCUUUCAAGAGAGACUCAUUUUCUUAAGCCUGUAUAUGUAUUGCAGAGAUACCGGCGGCAAAUCUAGUGCAAUUUUAUUCAUUGUUUGUUCGUUCCAUUAUUCAUCUGGCUGAAGAAGGGAUGCAUGAUGACCCUGGUUUGGUUUCAAUGAUUAAUGACAAUAUAAAUUAUUAUAGUUAA